UUCCGCUUCAACUCCCCCUUAGUCCAAGUCUGCCUCAUCGGCCUCGUCUGCUUUUGCUGCCCCGGCAUGUUCAACGCACUAUCCGGCAUGGGCGGCGGUGGUCAGGUAGAACACAGCGCCGCCAACAACGCCAACACCGCCCUCUACACCACCUUCGCCGUCUUCGGCCUCCUCGGCGGUGGCUUCUACAACGUUCUCGGUCCUCGGCUCACCCUCCUCGCCGGUUGCUCCACCUACAUCCUGUACGCCGGCUCCUUCCUCUACUACAAUCACCACUCCCAACAGGCCUUCGUCAUCGUCGCCGGCGCCAUCCUUGGGAUGGGCGCCGGACUCCUUUGGGCCGGCCAAGGCGCAAUCAUGACCUCCUAUCCCCCAGUGACCCACAAGGGCACCUACAUAUCAAUCUUCUGGAGCAUCUUCAACCUCGGUGGCGUCAUUGGCGGGCUUAUCCCUUUUAUCCUCAAUUACCACCGAACCCUGGCAGCUUCAGUCAACGACGGAACUUACAUCGCCUUCAUGUGUUUCAUGUCUGCUGGCACGGUACUCUCCCUCGCCAUUCUGCCUCCUUCGCGAAUCGUCCGCGAAGAUGGAUCCCGUGCCACUGCAGUCACCUACUCCAGCGUCUCCGCUGAAGGGAUCGAAAUCCUCAAACUAUUCUCCAAUUGGAAAAUGCUCCUCAUAAUCCCCGCCGCUUGGCGUAGCAAUUUCUUCUAUUCCUAUCAAUUCAACAACGUCAAUGGCAUCUUAUUCAACCUCCGGACCAAGGGGCUCAACAAUGUUUUCUAUUGGGGCGCCCAAAUGAUCGGCUCCUUGGCAAUCGGAUAUCUUCUCGAUUUCAGUUUCAGAAGCCGGAGGAAGAGAGGUUUGAUUGGGAUUUCCGUCCUCACCGUGCUCGGGACAGCUAUUUGGGCGGGAGGUCUUGCAAACCAGCUCCGUUACAGUGACGGCAAGUGGCCGAACAAGCUGGAUUUCAAGGAUUCAGGUUCGAGUUAUGCCGGCCCCUUUGUUCUCUAUUUCAGCUAUGGCUUGCUGGAUGCCAUGUUCCAGAGCUUAUGCUAUUGGGUGAUCGGAGCACUUGCGGACGAUUCAGAGACACUCAGCAGGUAUAGUGGAUUCUACAAGGGAGUGCAGAGUGCGGGUGCAGCGGUUGCUUGGCAAGUAGACGAGCACAAAACGCCGCUGGUGUGGCAGUUGAUCGUGAAUUGGGUGCUUACGACUGUAAGCUAUCCCUUGCUUGCGUUGUUGGUGAUGAUGGCUGUUAAUGAUGACGAAUCGGCGGCGAGAGGCAAGGGUUCGGAAGGAAAGGAACUGCAGCCGGAGCCGGAGCCGGAGUCGUAG